AUGGUGAUGCGUUUUCUCACUAAUGCUAGCCUUGGUGAAUCAGAUUUAAAACUAGGAUUGGGUAAAGAAAUACAUCCAUCUUUAGAAUUUCCUGGUAAUUUAGUUACCCAAAUACCAAAUGAACUCAAAUUAGAUUGUUUUUCAUAUUCAUGGUUGGAAUAUAAGGGGGUUUAUUACAAAAAAAAAGUUCUUUUGGUUUUAGAAUCUUAUCUAGAUCAAUGUGUAUUUGGUGAAGUAAUUUUUAUACUUGUUGGUAAAUCUAAAAUCCCUUAUUUCUUAGUUAAACGUGUGUACACAGUUGGUUUCGACUCUCAUUUUCAUGCGUUUGAAAUUAAAAUUGAUAAUUCUGAUUUAAUUAAUUACACAGAAUUAAUAGGAUGUUACAUUAGUGAAUUAUCUAAUACAACACCAACUGUAGCUCGUACUAUUGGAAAUUUUAAAACAUAUGCUACAUUAAGAUAUGCUACUUAA